AUGGCCCCUUCUUCUUCUUCUUCUUUUUCAACUAACUUUAAAGGAAAGUAUGAUGUCUUUCUUAGCUUUAGAGGCGAGGACACUCGCGAUAGUUUUACCAGUCAUCUUUAUGCUGCUUUAAGUGGGAAGAAAAUCCUAACAUUUAUGGAUAAUACGAAUCUUACGAAAGGGGAAGAAAUUUCAAAAUCGAUUUCGAAAGCGAUCGAAGAAUCUACCCUUUCGGUGAUCGUUUUCUCGAAGAAGUAUGCAUUUUCCAAAUGGUGCUUGGAUGAAGUUGUGAAGAUCCUUGAAUGCAAGAAAAGGAAUGGACAAAUGGUUAUUCCAGUGUUCUACAGGGUAGAUCCUGUGCAUGUAAGAAAUCAAACUGGCAGCUUUGAAGCUGCAUUUGCUAAACAUGAAGAACUUUUAAAGGACAAAAUGGACAAGGUGGAGAGCUGGAGAGCUGCCUUGAAAGAAGCUGCCAAUAUAUCUGGUUGGGAUUCAGUUGUCACCAGGCCUGAUUCCAAACUCAUUGAAGAAAUUGUGGGGGAUAUUUUGAAGAAAUUAUAUAAGAUAUCUCCUAGUAAUUCCAUAGGUUUGGUUGGAAUUGAUUCGCGUAUUAAGCAAAUUGAAUCUUUAUUGUGCAUGGAUUCCUCCAAUGUUCUUAUGUUAGGAAUAUGGGGAAUGGGUGGUAUAGGGAAGACCACCCUCGCCAGAGCUAUUUUUGAUCGAAUUUCUAUUCAAUAUGAAAGUUGUUGCUUUCUUGUAAAUGUUAGAGAACAACUGAAAAGAUGUUUGCUAGUUCAUUUACAAGAUGAGCUUUUGUCAAAAAUAUUGGAGGAAAAUAUAGAUUCAAGAAGUCCAUGUUUGGGAGUUAAUUUUCUGAAAGAUCGGCUUCGUCGCAAAAAGGUUCUUGUCGUUCUUGAUGAUAUUGAUAAUGCAAGACAAUUGCAAGAAUUGUUACCAGGACUACAUGAUUUAUUUGGUCCAGGAAGUAGAAUCCUUGUAACAAGUAGAGAUAAGCAAGUUCUCAAAUCUGUAGUUGAUGAAAUAUACAAGGUUGAGGAAUUGAAUCAUCAAGAAGCUCUUCAACUCUUCUGCUUGAAUGCUUUCAAGAAAAAUUGCCCUGAAAUUGAUUAUGUAGAGCGUUCAAGAAGGGUGGUAAAUUAUGCUAAAGGUAACCCAUUGGCUCUUAGAGUUUUGGGUUCUACUUUAUUGGGCAGGAGUGAGGAGGAUUGGGAUAGUGCAUUGGAGAAACUGGAAAAUGUUCGCAAUUGUGAGAUUCAAAAUGUAUUGAGAAUUAGUUACGAUGGACUCGAUGGCAAGGAGAAAAGAAUGUUUCUUGACAUUGCAUGUUUCUUUCGAGGGGAAGAUCGGAGUUAUGUGACGAAAAUAUUAAGUGGCUGUUAUUCUUCUGUGCAUUACACAAUAAGCACUUUCAUUGACAAGUCUCUUGUAAGUGUUUCCCACAACAAAUUGCAGAUGCAUGAUUUAUUGCAAGAAAUGGGUUGGAGCAUUGUUCGCAACGAACCCGAGCUCGGAAAGCGUAGCAGGUUGUGGAAUUCUAAAGAUGUUUAUUGUGUAUUGACAAAAAAGAAGGGAACUAGAGCCAUUGAAGGCAUAUCUUUAGACCUGUCUACAGCAAGAGAGAUGCAUUUAGAAUCUGAUGCCUUCGCAGGAAUGGAUCAUCUAAGGAUACUCAAAUUCUACAUGUCUAAUUCCUCUAUAGGCUGCAACGAUAAAGUGCACCUUCCUCGUCGUGGCCUUCAAUCUCUUUCUGAUGAGCUGAGAUAUCUUCAUUGGCAUAAAUUUCCUUCCAAAUCACUGCCAUCAAAAUUUUCUGCUGAAAAUCUUGUUGUUCUUGAUCUACCUCAUAGCAAUGUUGAGCAACUAUGGACAGGAGCACAACUUGAUGAGUGUAAAAAGCUUGUGAGCCUUCCAAGCAGUAUCCAUAAAGUAUCUCAGCUGCGUUCAAUUUACUUGAGCUAUUGCAAGAGCCUGAGAGCUUUGCCUGAACUUCCCCUGUCUCUAAAAGUUCUAGAGGCAAAUGGCUGCAGAGCAAUGGAAACCUUCUCAAGCAACAGGAAAUCCAACUUCAUGAACUUGUCUUUCACAAAUUGCUUCAAAUUAGAUCAAAAGGAACGCAGCGAAAUCAUCGAAAAUACUCACUCUACAGUUCAGUUUUUGACAAGCAAGUUUCGAGAGUAUAGAGAUCAAGUUAGAAUUCUUUUCCAAGGAAAUGAAAUCCCAGAAUGUUUCCAUGAACAAACAAUGGGAACUUCACUAAGCAUACAGUUGCCGCCAAAUUGGCAUCAGUUUCAGGGAAUUGCUUUCUGCAUUGUAUUUGCAUCAGAGGAUCCUUCAAUUGUUUGCAGGAUCAGCAGGUUUAAAUGUGAAUGCCAUUUCAGAAGUAAUAACAAGGAAAAUGAAGAUAUCAUUUGCAACUGGGUAUGUUUUGUGGAUGAUCUUCAUUUACAUGAACCAGAUCAAGUGCUACUGUGGUAUGAUCCUGGUAUCAAAGCGUUGCAAGGUAAUGGUUCAGCCAAAGAAGAAGACUGGUUCAAUAAAUAUUCAAGUGCUUCAUUUCAAUUCUACCCUCAAAGGUGGAAGAAAUUUCAGAAGCAUUGCAAGGUCAAGAAGUGUGGGGUUCUUCUACUGUAAAAUGAUGAUCAAACUCUGAUCAACCACUAAGUUCUUGUAAGUUCCUGCAAGAAUGACCAAUCUAAACAUUCAAAGGAAGGGGAGGAGGGAACCCUAGUUGGGAUGUGCUCCUGUGACCUGCCACCAAUCUAAGCCUGAGGAUGAGAAUGUGGGUUUAUCAAAUUGUGGCUUCUGAUUGAGAUCAAAUUAGAUAAGCUUUUCUCUCGUAAUUUGUAGUUCAUGUAGCAAAGAUUUCUGAAAUUUCCAUCAUUUCUUUUUUACAUUUUACUGUAAGAAUGAUUAUUUAAGAAAGAAUAAAUCUGUACACUUUAUUG